UUCGACAUGGCAUUCUUUGACUGGACUGAUUAUGAAGAUAUGAGGCAUCCUCCCAAAAAGCUAUUUUCUAAGAAGCGCGGUUCUGACAAACAGGCCACAAAAAGCCCCAGCACUGAACCUGUGGCACUUACAUCAGAUAAGAGCUGCAAACAUCACCUAGAUUGUCUGCCAGGGUCCUGCUGCAACCUCAGGACACAUGUAUGUGAGCUCCACAACCGCGGCUUCAACAACAAGUGCUAUGAUAACUGCAUGUGUGAGGAAGGGCUUCGGUGCUAUGCUAAAUUACACAGGCAUUACCGCAUCACACGCAAAAGGGACAGUGUGUUGAUCCUGAGGGUAUAAGCUUAAACCGUGGCAUGUUCAUUAUGGUUUAAAUGAGGCAGGAGAAUUUGUCAUAUUUUCCUUUCCAAAUGCAUGCUAUUAUAUUUCCACUAUGUUGGAACAUUUUA